AGUUUGAGUGCAUUGUAGGCUUCGAACGUCCGGGAAAUAUCAGGCGGUUUGAGGCCUGGACACGCUGAGCGCAGAACAGUGAGCCUGAUUCCGAGAACAGAAGCGGGAGAGCAAGUAUGGCCGAGAACGAUGUUGACAACGAGCUGUUGGACUACGAGGAGGAUGAGGAGCCACAGGGAGCCCCGGAGAGCGCAGUCCCGGCGGUAAAGAAGGAAGUGAAAGGCUCCUAUGUCUCCAUCCACAGCUCUGGUUUCCGAGACUUCUUGCUCAAACCCGAACUGCUCCGUGCCAUCGUCGACUGUGGCUUUGAGCAUCCGUCUGAAGUCCAACAUGAGUGCAUUCCACAAGCCAUUCUGGGCAUGGACAUCUUAUGCCAGGCCAAAUCUGGUAUGGGGAAGACGGCAGUGUUUGUGCUCGCCACACUACAGCAGCUUGAGCCUGUGGACGGACAGGUGUCUGUGCUGGUAAUGUGUCACACACGUGAGCUGGCCUUCCAGAUCAGCAAAGAGUACGAGCGUUUCUCCAAGUACAUGCCCACUGUGAAGUGCUCAGUGUUCUUCGGUGGCCUGCCCAUUAAGAAUAAUGAAGAGGUGCUCAAAAAGAGCUGCCCACACAUUGUUGUUGGCACACCAGGCCGCAUCCUCGCACUCAUCCGCAGCAAGACCCUCAACCUCAAAAACAUCAAGCACUUCAUCCUGGAUGAGUGUGACAAGAUGUUGGAGCAGCUAGAUAUGAGACGAGAUGUGCAAGACAUCUUCCGGCUCACGCCUCACGAGAAACAGGUCAUGAUGUUCAGCGCCACACUCAGCAAAGAGAUCCGGCCUGUCUGUCGCAAAUUCAUGCAAGAUCCAAUGGAGGUAUUUGUGGACGACGAGACAAAGCUUACUUUACACGGUCUACAGCAGUACUACUGCAAACUGAAGGACAGCGAGAAGAACCGCAAACUGUUUGACCUGCUUGAUGUACUUGAGUUCAACCAGGUGGUGAUCUUUGUGAAGUCAGUACCGCGCUGCGUCGCUCUGUCUCAGCUUCUGGUGGAGCAGAACUUCCCAGCAAUUGCCAUUCACAGAGGCAUGGCCCAGGAGGAGAGGUUGUCACGUUAUCAGCAGUUUAAGGAUUUCCAGAGGAGAAUCCUUGUGGCGACAAACCUGUUUGGCAGGGGGAUGGAUAUCGAGCGUGUUAACAUCGUCUUCAACUACGACAUGCCAGAGGACUCCGACACGUAUCUACAUAGGGUGGCUCGUGCUGGACGAUUUGGGACCAAGGGUUUAGCAGUCACCUUUGUAUCUGACGAGACGGAUGCCAAGACCCUGAACGACGUCCAGGACCGAUUUGAGGUCAACGUGGCCGAACUGCCAGACGAAAUCGACAUUUCUUCUUACAUUGAGCAGUCAAGAUGAAUCGUUCCAGUCAUCCAGCAGAAAUCGUGGUCCAUUUGGCUUUUUUGUGUGUGAAAGACAGCGGAAGAGAGCCCUGCGUAUUUUUAUUUUGGUACCUGCUCACACCCUCUCUUCACCUUCCCAUAGGCUCCUCUCUCCGUUGAGACAGACGUAUUCCUUGUUUAUUUUAUUGUGGUCUGGGGGAAGUCCUUUUUUUAAUUUCUUGUUAAUCGUGGUUGUUUAUUGGUUUGAAAAUUAAACGUUUUUUUAUACAA